AUGCCUGCCAUUCGAGUCCGACCAUGCAGAAAACCAACAUCUUCUCACAUCCUUACAAUCAUCUGCCCAUUAUCUCACCUGUCAAACCUUUAAAUAUUGCUGUUUUGUACCAAUCUUCUCACAUCGAACAGGUACGCUUUGUACAGAGCCGUGAGAACGAAAUGUCAACCACUUUGAUAAUUGUAGCUGUGGUUACUACGAUAUUCUUUCUAUGGAAAUUCUUAGCACCCCAGCCGAAGCUGAAAAUUCCGCAUGUUCAAUUCAGGAGUGACAAUUCUAUGGCACGUUAUCGCGCCGAGACGAAAACACUCAUGGGGGAAGGCUACGAGAAAGUUAGCCAUAUUCGCGGACCUCUUAAUCUGUUCAUAUAGCUAACCAAUUCGAUAGUAUACAAGAAAUGGACAAGCAUUCUCUAUCCGUAAUGCUUACAACCCCAAGCGUCCGAUCGCCAUUUUGCCCAUGAAAUAUCUUGAAGAAGUCAAAAAUGCUCCGCAGACAGGCUUGAGCUAUCCGCUGGUUUCCGAAAGAGUAAGUUGAUCAUUUGGCAGGUUUUCACAAAUCUCGGUGAUCAGUGUUUUAAUAAGAUAUAA